AAUAGAUGCUGUUGUUGAGUUGGGCUGGGAUUAGCAGGAGGCGAAUGAGUUUCAAUUUUACUGGAUUACAGAACAAAGAAAGGGGAAAGGGACACCCAGCUCAGUUAAGAGGAAAAACGGGAAUAAAACUUGGAAAAAACACACACACAACAGACAGUAAAGAUCGAAGAGUGGCGGCGAUGAUCCGGAUUACGAUGUUUUAGCGGACGGCGCGGCUACAUUGUGGUUGGGAAUUGUUUCUGAUGGAUUAAAACGGGGAAUAAACCUAUUCCGGGAUUGACAGCAGCAACAAGGCUAUUUAAUCGCUAAUUAAGAGGCAUGGCUCAGAUGAGGAAGCUGGCGUGCGACGGCAUCAGGACGAAUUCCCGCGGAGAGCCGCUGUUGUCGGCCCGGCAGGAGAUCCUCACCAGCCUGGUGUCUGCCCUCGACUCGGUGUGCAUGGCCAUGUCCAAGCUGAACGCCGAGGUGGCGUGCGUCACCGUGCACGAGGACAGCGUGAUCGCCGUGGGCACGGAGAAGGGCCGAGUGUUCCUCAACUCCAGGAGGGAAAUCCAGACAGACUUCUACAAGUUUUGCCGGGCGCCGUGCCUGCAGAGCCUGAGCGCCGCCAACGCCCAUACCAAAGACCAGGAGGGAGACCUCAGCAAGCUGGGCAAAGACGGCGAGCACGGCAAACCCAGAGCCCCGACCGACGCCCAGUCCAACGUCUUCGUCCUGAGGAAGAUGGUGGAGGAAGUCUUCACUGUGCUUUACAGUGAGGCGGUGGGGAAGAGCAGCCUGGUCCCCGUGCCUUACGAGUGGCUCCAGAAGGACCCCGGCUGCGUGGUGGCCCACGGCCUGCCGGACGGAGUCGCCCUGAAGAAGCCGUCGGAGUACGACACCAAGACGCUGAUGAAGAUCCUGGAGCUGAGCCACCGCAUCCAGUUCACGGUGAAGAGGCCCGCAGAAGACCUGUCUCGAGAAGCCAAGUCCAGCACGGACGCCAAUCACAGCGCUUCCACGGCCGCCGUGACGCAGACCGUCCACGGCCCGGUCAAGACCCCGGGGCCGGCCCCGGCGCCGCCGGCCCCGCCCGUCACGGCGUCCAGCCCCGCCUCGUCCAGCAACUCGGUCCUGUCCAACUUCUUGUACGGCAUGCCCAUGUCCUCCAAACCUCACCCGGACAGCAAGCUGGACUUCAAACCCAUGUCCCUCCUCAACCUGGGCAAGGACCGACUCGCCAGCUGGAUGGACAAGAGCGCCAUGCUCAAAGACGCCGCCGGCAGCGAUGAGACCCCGCGGCUGGCCGGAGAGCAGGGUCAGAGUCCUCCAGGCGUCCACAUCUCCAAGAGGCUGCUCUUCUCCAUCGUGCACGAAAAAUCAGAAAAGUGGGACUCUUUCAUUCGGGAAACUGAAGACAUCAACACGCUGAGAGAGUGCGUUCAGAUCCUGUUCAACAGCAGAUACGCUGAGGCUCUCGGUUUGGAUCACAUGGUGCCUGUCCCCUACCGCAAAAUCGCCUGCGAUCCGGGAGCCGUGGAGAUCAUCGGCAUCCCCGACCAGAUCCCCUUCAAGAGGCCCUGCACCUACGGAGUCCCCAAGCUCAAACGCAUCCUGGACGAACGCCACGGCAUCCGCUUCAUCGUCAAACGAAUGUUUGACGAGAGGAUUUUCACCGCCGCCGGUAAGAUCGCACGAGAGGAGGGGAAGCUGGACCUGACCUGCACGCCUGACGACGGCUUCCCCGACUGCCUGAGCAUCCCCGGCGGCGGCGGCGGCGGCGAGCUGCUGAGCAACGCUCACAGCAGCAGGUCGACCAGUGCGUGUGUGAGCCCGCUGGCCGACUGUGAAGCCGGUCCCUCUGCAGACUGCGUCCCUCUGAGGAGGAUCAAAACGGAGCCUCCGGACGGGGAGAUCAUCCAGAUUACGGUUCCAGAGGCCGGCGCCAGCGGGGAGGAGCCCGGCGAGCCGGGGGCCGAGCCCGCCGCCUCCGCACCGCGUCCAUCCACCGCCUCGCCCUCCGCCCCCUCCGCCCCGCCUCCAGCCCCGCCCCCCUCCUCCGCCCCCCACCUCCCGCUGGAGAACCACUCAGCUGAAGCGCUGUCACCCAGUGCCUCCUCCCAGAGCAUCAGGAGACCUUCUGAAGCAGGCAGCCUGGUGGAGGACAUCGGGGAAAUGAUCCUGCAGCUCCGCAGACAAGUGGAGAGUCUGUUCAGCAUCAAGUAUGCUGAAGCCCUGGGCCUCCCCGAACCGGCCAAGGUGCCGUACUCGCGGUUCCAGAUGUACCCGGAGCACCUGUACGUCACCGGGCUGCCCGAGGGGAUCGCCCUGCGCCGGCCCAACUGCUUCGGAGCGGCCAAGCUGAGGAAGAUCCUGUCUGCCAGCAGCCACAUCCAGUUCGUCAUCAAAAGGCCUGAGCUCCUCACCGAGCAAGUAAAACAAGAGAUGCCUUCCAUGCCGCUCUGUGAUCCAGAGCUGGACGCCAAGGACGUGACGCCGAUCACAGACGACCCUGCAGCCGGAUCCAAGAGACCCGGAUUCUCAGAGUGCCUGGAGUCCAAGCUGUCCCGGAUCGACCUGGCCAACACGCUGCGGGAGCAGGUCCAGGACCUGUUCAACAGGAAGUACGGCGAGGCACUGGGCAUCAAGUACCCGGUCCAAGUGCCUUACAAGAGGAUCAAGAACAACCCGGACUCGGUCAUCAUCGAGGGCCUUCCGCCCGGCAUCCCCUUCAGGAAGCCCUGCACCUUCGGCUCGCAGAACCUGGAGAGGAUCCUGGCCGUGGCCGACAAGAUCAACUUCACCAUCACCAGACCAUUUCAAGGACUUAUUCCAAAACCAGCACCUCGGAGAGUGACGUUACUAAAGAAGGCGUACGCUUCCAUCAGCGAUGACGACGACAUCAACCGGAUGGGGGAGAAGGUGGUGCUGCGAGAGCAAGUCAAGGAGCUGUUCAACAAGAAAUACGGUGAAGCUCUGGGUCUGGACCGCUCCGUGGUGGUGCCGUACAAGCUGAUCCGGGGCAGUCCGGAGUCGGUGGAGGUCAGCGGCCUCCCGGACGACGUCUCCUUCCGGAACCCCAACACCUACGACAUCCUGUGCCUGGAGAAGAUCCUGCAAGCCGCCGAGAAGGUCUCCUUCACCAUCAAGAGCCAGCUGCAGCCGUUCGCAGAGAUCUGCAGUCAGGCCUGCAACGCCGGCAACACAGCAGGAACCGACGCCUCCACCAACCGGCGGAAACGGAAGCGGGUCCACGAGAGCAGCCGGAUACCGCCGCCGUCCGACCUGCUCUCCACCAAUCAGAUUCCAGUGAUGCAGUGGCCCAUGUACAUGGUGGACUACAGCGGGGUCAACGUGCAGGUUCCCGGGAAGGUCAACUACUGAGGUCAGAGGUCACGGGGCGGAGGGCGGACUGCAGCAGACGGACGUCAGGAGACGGAGGGAGAGCGGACGAGUCUCCAACACUAAGCAGGAGAGCUGUGUGUGUGUGUGUGUGUGUGUGUGUGUGUGUGUGUGUGUGCGCGUGUGUGUGUUUUGCCUCGUUUCCACUGCACAGUGCAUUUUAAAACUCCGGCCCUCCAUGUCCGACCCGUCGCUCAUGUAUCAAUUAGAAAAGCUGUAAUACCAGGGGUUUCCUGCAGGGGGCGAUGGUGUUGGUUUCAAAAAGAGCCCGGUUCUCAUUAGAACCCGUUCAAAAAAGCUGAUUUCCAGCGUGGAAAUAAACAUAAAGCUCCUGGUUCCAGAACAGGUUCUGGUCUCCGUCUCUGGUUUCCACAAGUUUUGCAUAACUCGCCCAAUCACAGCGUGACGCAGUCAUGUGACAGGCUGGACCAAUCACAUUCACAUCCGGUGUCAGAUGUUCAGUUUGGAGACGUCCUGCUCAGAUCCUCAAACAGUCGGUGGUUUUCACCCUCCUGCUGCUAGCAUACGCCACGUCGCUCUGUUUGGCUAACUCCAGGAGGUGCAGACGCUCAGCGAGGGAAGGACCGCCACCGCCAGAGACGUCACGCUCAGGACACGCCCACAUUCUGCUGACGCUACAUCCUACAGUGCCGUGCAGUGGGAACAAGGCUGGAGAGUGUGUGUGUGUGUGUGUGUGUGUGCGUGUGCGUGUGUGGUGCCGAGAGCUCGGCCUACGUCCUGGUUCUGGACUCCCCUCCAGAGUGUUUGUUCUCUUGUUCUGUCUCUAAACGUUCUCACACACACACACACACACAUACACACACACACACACACACACACACACACACACUGCGUCUGGACGUCUUCAGGACCGGGUUCCACACGAUUCAGAUCUUUGUACUUUUUAUUUAUUAUAUUUAUUGAGAUAUAACAUGCAGGGAUGUAAAAUAUAUUAUUCCGUUCUCCGGGGGACGAGCAGAGCGCCGAGCUCUGGCCGACACCGCCGGGUUCACACAGAGCAAAACGGAGCGUUCUGAUUGGACGGGGAGUAAGACGCCUUCUUAUGUUAGCGACAUGUAAAAUAGGUCAUUUCAGCCUGAAUGUAUCCUGUAAAGAAGAAUGGUAUGUUACUCUGCGACGACUCUCUGGACUAACCAUAUUUAAUAUGCUGUACCUUAACGCCAAUUAGGCCUUUCAAAUAAAAUGUGUUGCCUUGCACUUUGGAUUGUGUCACGAUU